GUCUGCCAACGGGCCUUCAGAUCUCUGAUUGGGCUUGGCACCGAGCGCUAUGCAAAGUUGAAGAGAGCAGCUAUGGAUGGCACUGCUCCACCGGGAGACGGCCGCUGCCUCCCAAGAAAGCUUUUGCUGAAGACACAGAAGGCAUCGAUCGACAAGCGAAGUGCUAUCGCUGAGUUUUUGGAACAGCUGUACAACACCUUGAGUGAGCCAACACCUACUGUGCUUCAUAGUGACACUCAGUUUGUGAAGCCUAAGCUUGGUAAGCGCAAGCGGAAAGACGAGUCUGCUGAAGUCAAGGCUGAAGGUAUGGGGCCUGUUAAGCAGGAAGAAGUGCCAAAGCCAUUGAAGUUCCACAGGAAAACCACCUUGCAGGGAUCACAGGACCUGGCGCUCCUCACCUUUUUGCCUUCGACAGAAGAAGCGAUCUUGGAGGCCCGUUCCGAGACCAAACAUCACAUGUCAGAUGAGCACUGGUUGGGCGACCCAAUGCUGUACCUACCGCACGCCCUGAUUGAAAAGAUUGCUUAUUCCGGGACGGUCCCAUCAGGCUCAUCUUGA